AUGGCAGAAGUCACCACUUCGGCCUCGAAGCCGUCGCUAUCGCGCCUCAGCUCCACCUCCUCCACGCCGGUCAAGCUUCGCACCAAGAAGGUCAUCAUCAUUGGCGCGGGCGCCGGCGGCACCGCUCUCGCCGCGCGUCUCGGUCGUCGCGGCUACACCGUCACCGUUCUCGAAAAGAACACCUUCGGUGGUGGUCGUUGCUCUCUCAUCCACCACGACGGUCAUCGUUGGGACCAAGGCCCAUCGCUCUACCUCAUGCCCGAGAUCUUCGAGUCCUGCUUUCGCGAUCUCGGCGAGGACAUCCGUUCGCACAUCCGCUUGCACCAAUGCAACCCCGCCUACCGAAUCCAUUUCGCGGAUGGCGAAAAGAUGCUCCUGUCGAGCAACUUGAGUCAGAUGGGCGAGACGUUGAAUUUCUUCGAAAAGCGAGCGGGGAACAAGGCCGACCCCCUGACCAACUUCCUCACAUUCCUAAAAGAGGCGGGGGAGAACUACGAGGAGUCGAUCACACACGUCUUGACCAAAGACUGGAGUGCUUGGUGGGCGUUUUUUCGACCGGAGCUCUUUCCGAUGCUGUGGAAGACCAAAGGGUUGCGCAUCUACACGACGCUGUACGACCGCACGACCAAGUACUUCAAGUCGCGGCAUGUGAGGAGGGCGCUGACGUUUUCGGCCAUGUACAUGGGCAUGAGCCCGUUUGAUGCGCCGGCGACGUACAGUCUGUUGCAGUAUGCAGAGUACGCAAAGGGAAUCUGGUACCCUAUUGGAGGAUUCUACAAGGUCGUAGAGGCCAUGGAGACCAUUGCGCGGGACAAGUUCGGUGUGGAUUUCCGCUACGAUACCACUGUCAAACGGAUCAUUGUCGACGAGCGAAAGGGUACCACCUCUGGAGUGGAGCUCGCGUCAGGGGAAGUAUUGGAAGCAGACGUGGUGGUGAGCAACGCCGACCUCGUAUGGACGUACAACAACCUCCUACCUCCGUCGUCAUACGCACACAAGCUGAGGGGCAAAGACCAAACGUGCUCCUCCAUCUCGUUCUACUGGUCCCUCUCUUCGAUCGUCGAAGAGUUGGGUGGACACAACAUCUUCCUUGCCGACGCAUAUCAAGAAUCGUUCGACGAGAUCUUUCGCGAUGGGGAUACACCCACGGAGCCGUCGUUCUACGUCAACGUCCCCUCGCGCCUCGACCCGUCCGCUGCACCACCAGGCAAGGACACGCUAGUGAUCCUCGUCCCCUGUGGACCCAUCUCCAUUCCCGAAAAACCCUGCGCAGAUCCAUCCAAAGGCGCACGCACGCGCGAGCAGUUUGCAUCCACCAUCACCCGCGCCCGACGACAGGUCAUCGAAACGCUCUCCAAACGACUCAACCGACCCGAUUUUGAGUCGCUCAUAUCCCACGAGAUCGUCAACGACCCCUUCGACUGGGAGGACAAAUUCAACCUUUUCCGGGGUUCCAUCCUCGGUCUGUCCCACACCAUCCCCCAGGUGCUCUGGUUCCGACCGUCGAUCCAACAUGCCAAGUACAACAACUUGUUUUUUGUAGGGGCGAGUACGCAACCCGGGACGGGCGUGCCGGUUGUCGUAGCGGGCAGUGGGGUCGUGGCCGAGAGGGUGAGUGCGUUUUUGGAGGGAAGGGAGAAGGGCUGGUUGAGCUGGGAAGCUAUUCGGGGGAGCAUCUUUUUGGCCGGGUUGGCGAUGGUCGGCGUGAUGGCGGCCGGGUUUGCCGCUGGGUUUGUCGUGCUAGGGCUGGUCAUUGCGGUGGGCGUGCACGUGUUGGGCGUCGCGGAUGUGCCUGGGUUGGUCCGAGGGAAGGUCAUGCCCGAGUAG